AUGUCAACAAUAGCAACAUCACCAAAUCGCGGCCAGAAGACGUAUUCAAAAGCGGAAACUUUUCUCAGCGGCACAAAUGCAAAUUUUCUUGAGAACCAGUACUUGGAGUGGUCCAAAUCUAAGGGAGCAGUAGAUUCUUCUUGGGAUGGACUCUAUGAAAGUGUAAACAGUCCUAAAUUACACAUCGACGAGUUCCAAGAUGACUUUAGUCCUAAGACGAGCCCCAAACCAAAAGCAUCGAAGGACACAGAAGCAGCUUCCAAGCAUAAAAUAAUGUUACACUUGGCGGUUCAGAAUUUAAUAAGAAGUUACCAGGCUCGUGGCCAUCUUCUGGCGAAAACAGAUCCACUCAGCUUGACUAUGGCUGCUCGUUGGUUACUUAAUUCCCCGGCAGCACCACUCGACUUGAAGGGAAUCAAUUGCAAAUUGGUGGCAAGAGAACUUGGGACUAUUCUUUGUAAAACUACAAACACAUAUCGUGACUUUUUGAUAGGUGACGAGCAUAUGGAUAUGACGUUUGAGUUGCCUCAUAGGACGUUUAUUGGUGGCAAGGAGGGCUCUCUGACUCUAAGGGAGAUUAUCAGCCGCCUCGAGCAAGUAUAUUGUCAGUCGAUUGGAGUGGAAUAUAUGCACCUGUACGACCCCGAUGCUCUUCAAUUCAUCAGAGAACGGAUGGAAAAGCCAGGUUGCCUCGAGAAGACGCACGAUGAAAAGCGUCUUAUUAUGCGAAGAUUGACCAAAGCUGUAUUCUUAGAAAAGUACUUCGCAACAAAAUGGCCGGCGGAGAAACGCUUUGGUUUAGAAGGUGGAGAGAGCAUGAUCGUGAUGUUGGAAGAAAUUGUGGACACGAGCACCAGGCUGGGGGUGGAGUCUAUUGUUAUGGCAAUGCAGCAUAGAGGUCGAUUAAACAUGCUGGUGAAUGUAUGUCGUAAGCAAUUGAACGAAAUAUUUGCCCAGUUCAAGCCCAUGGAGCCAAAAGAACCGGGUUCCGGUGAUAUUAAGUAUCAUCUAGGCACCUAUAUACAUCGUUUUAUUCGGAAGACCAACCGUUACAUCAAAGUAUCUAUGAGCUGCAAUCCGUCUCACUUGGAAGUUGUGUCUCCGGUCGUCGUAGGCAAGACUCGAGCGGAGCAGCAUUUUAAGGGAGACAAUAAUGGCGACAAGGUAAUGGCAAUUAUAAUGCACGGCGAUGCUGCUUUUGCUGGCCAGGGAGUAGUGUAUGAAACUAUGCACCUCUCCGCGCUACCGGCUUUCACCACGCACGGCUCCAUCCACAUCGUGUGUAACAACCAGAUUGGCUAUACCACAGACCCUAGAUUCGCCAGAAGUUCUCCUUACUGCUCUGAUGUAGCGAAGUGUGUGGACGCUCCUGUACUGCAUGUUAACGGCGAUGACCCGGAGGCAGUCGCCCAUGUAGCUCGCCUGGCCAUCGAGUUCCGAUGUCACUUUAAAAAGGACGUAGUACUGGACCUCGUGUGCUACAGACGUUUUGGGCACAGCGAGGAAGACGAACCCAGUUUCACGCAGCCGUUUAUGUAUAAGAAGAUUCGUUCAAUGAAGACAGUCGACCAGAUAUAUGGCGAGCGUCUAAAAGCCCAAGGCGUAGUAAAUGAUUCGGAUAUCAAAGGCUGGGAGAAGGAGUAUAUGGAUACUCUGAACAAGCAUUUUGAACUCGCCAAGAAGAUCACCAAAUUGAGCAUCAUGGAUUGGAUUGAUACGCCGUGGACUGGAUUUUUCGAAGCUAGGGAUCCGAUGAAGAUUGAAGAAACAGGUAUUUCUGAAACGACCAUUUCCACGAUAUCCAAACAUUUUUGCAAGCCACCAGAGCCGUGGGCUUUUGAAGUACACAAGGGUAUUAAUAGGAUACUACAGAACAGAGAGAAAAUGGUGAAGGAAGGUGUAGCUGACUGGGCAAUGGGUGAAACGUUAGCUUAUGGAUCUCUAUUAAGGGAUAAAGUACAUAUCAGAUUCACUGGCGAGGACGUGGAAAGAGGAACUAUGGCGCACAGACAUCAUGUCUACCACCAUCAAGGCGUUGACGGCGCAACACAUCGUGUUCUCGACACUUUGUAUCCAGAUCAGGCUGCCUACAGCUUACAUAAUAGUUCGUUAUCAGAGUUUGGUAUUCUAGGUUUUGAGGUAGGCUACUCAUACUCGAGUCCAAAUUUGCUGACAAUUUGGGAGGCGCAGUACGGAGAUUUCGCAGAUACCGCUCAGCCCGUGUUUGACACCUUCAUAGCUAACGGAGAGAGCAAGUGGGUCUGUCAAUCUGGGCUCGUUGUGCAACUGCCCCACGGGAUUGACGGCGCUGGUCCGGAGCAUUCGUCGGGAAGAGUAGAGCGAUACCUCCAGCAAGCUGACGAUGAUGAAGAUAAUAUACCAGACCUUGAUGAUAAGGACAUGGCUUUAAAACAACUUCGAGCGGCAAAUUGGCUAGUUUGCAACGUGACCACUCCAGCCAACUAUUUCCACUUGAUACGAAGACAAAUCGCAAUGCCCUUUCGAAAACCUCUCAUCCUUAUGACACCAAAAGUGGGUCUGAAGCAUCCAUUUUAUCGCUCACCGUUCAAAGAUUUUAAGCUGGGAACCAGUUUUCAAAGAGCAAUCGGCGAUUCAGGGCCUGCCAGUAAAAAUGCAAAAGGAGUAAAAAAGCUACUGUUUUGCUCCGGUAAAGUUGCAAUAACGAUCGAUGACCUACUCAAAGAGAAAAAGCUCCAGGACAAAAUUGCCGUAUGCCGCAUAGAACAGCUGUACCCGUUUCCUUACGACCUAGUGCUGAAGGAAUUCUGCAAAUACGAGAAAGCCAAAGUUUUCUUCUGCCAAGAAGAGCACAAGAACCAAGGUCCGUGGCUUUUUGCGAAGGUUCGAUUAGAGAAUCUAUUUGGAAAGAAGAUUGGGUGUAUAUCCAGGCCGGCGAGUCCUGCCUCUGCGACGGGUAUCAAAUGGAUGCAUGCUAAAGAACUAACUGAUCUCAAAAACAAAAUUAUCGAGCUUUAA